AGUUAAGUGAAAAUAAGGACUUGGGAAUAUCCGGAGAGCGACAGGUCUCAAAAUGCCCAACUGUAUGUCCAUGUUACUUGGACAAAUCUGUUGAAUUUAUAUGAUAGUUACCUGGCGUUCAAAGCUUCUCCAAUUCCCUGUGAAUUCCCGAGAUUUCGAGAAAGAUUCUUUUCAGAAACAACAAAUAACCAAUGGAUCACAUUGCUAGACUUCAGCAUGAAAUUCUUCUGCUUGUCUUGAUGCUAAACUUUGGUCUUUUACACUGUCAAGAAAGCAACUUAUCAUUUAAACCAUUAAAUCUGAGAAUUUACAAUAUAUCAUCACUUCAGCGUUUGAAUGUGGAGUGGAAAGUCAGCGACAGUGCGUAUGACUUACAGUCAGAUAUUGUAUUUCACAUUCAAGUGAGCAGAGGUAAAGAAAUAAACAUCAUACAGAAUCACUAUUAUCAAACACAUCUUUCCAAGACCGAUAAAGUGUUUCGGUGGUCUUGGGAUUCUGAUGUACCUUUGGAAUGUGUCUCCCACCAUAUCCGCAUCAAAAGCAGCACAGUGGGGAAUCCAUUCACUCGUAAUGAUCAAUGGAGUAAGUGGAGUGCAUGGAAGACACAUCAUGGAGAGAAUAAUGCGGACCGAUCCAAACCUUUCAUUUAUCCACAUGAGAAAAUAGUCCUUGAAGGAUCUACUGUUAGCUUCUGCUGCAUCCCGGGGAAAGGCCAGCGAAUUGAAAAAAUGACAUACAGGCAUACAGAUUACCAGGCACCCUCCGCUAGUGUUGUAAACAACACCUUUAUGAUCACCGUAAAUAAUGUAUCAAUGUCUAAGUACGAUGGUCACAACGUCAUGUGCUUUUUGGACAGACCACCGUCACUCCAUGGGACUGUUCUUAUUGUCAGCAAACCACCAGAUCAGCCAAAGAAUCUUUCAUGCGAAACGCGUGAUCUGAAGACCUUAAAUUGCAGGUGGCUUCCUGGGAAGAAAUACAACUUUGAAGAUGGUGACGAUGGCCAAGUGUCUCCCAAAUACACACUACAUGAAUGGUUGUCCAAUAAAUCUUCCUCCUGCAAUUCCAGAGACAGCUGUUUGUGGACCAUUGAGAAAAACAAGUCAUUAUAUAACUUUACCUUGAUUGCUGAAAACGCACUGGGAAAAAGAAGCAUUGAUAUUGUUGUGAACGUGACAGUAAACGUUCGUCCAUUGGUACCAACAAAACUGUCAACAGUGUCCUUGACUCCGAGAAAUGCGACAUUAAAAUGGUCUUUGGGAGCAGACUAUAGCACCUUGGUGCUGCGGUGUCAGAUUGGACUGCAGAAGACCACGCAAGAUGAAGAACAGAUAAACAUCACAGUAAAAGGAACCUUUUCCGGCUCAUCAUACAGUGUUACCCUUGAUAAACUACAGCCAUAUACUCACUACACAUUGAGAAUACGUUGUGCAGUAACUUCUUCUUUACCGUGGUGGAGUGAAUGGAGUGAGGAGCUUACACUCAGGACACCAGAAGAUGUUCCCGCAGCACCGCUUGACAUUUGGAGAGAAAUAACAGAGGAUAAUGCUGACAGAACCGUGACUCUUCACUGGAGGCCUUUGCCAGCAUUUUAUGCCAACGGAAACAUUUUUCGCUAUGAUGUUUCUUGGAAGCCACAAGGGGAUCUUUCUGACCUGCAACACAGGAAUGUUUUAGCUCAACAAAACAGCACACGGAUUGUAAUCGAUGGCCAGGCUCACAUAAUCCGGAUUACAGCGCAAAACAAAGCAGGCAGUUCUCCACCCUCAGAGAUAAGAAUUCCUGCAGUCAGCAAAAAUGAUAAUGAAAUACAAGAGGAAAGGACACACGGCAGUGACGGCGGGGUUUAUUUAUCAUGGAAGGCAGCUCCUGUUUAUCAGGGAUAUAUAGUGGAAUGGUGUGACUAUCCUAGGUCCCCUCAUUGUGAUCUUCAGUGGACAAAGUUUAACUCCAGCAUCCAUAGAGUCACCAUCAAAUCCAGUGCCUUUAGACCAGGGGUGAGGUAUAACUUUCAAAUUUAUGGAUCUAAUCACCUUGGCGAGUAUUUAUUGGAAAAAAAAGCAGGAUAUACAAGGGAACUGGCACCUUCAGUGAAGCCAAGAGUGAAAAUUGACAAAAUUGAACCAGAUGCCCUGCAAUUAAACUGGGACCCAUAUCCAAACAAUGAAUUACAGGAAGGGUUUAUCAGCGGCUACAAUAUUUACAUUAAACCCCCCACAGAAAUUGGUGAAUUAAUGAAAACGGAAGAACAUAUACUUUCAGAUGGCUCACGAGUUUGCAGAUUUUCAAUUAGGGAUCCUGACAAGAAGAACUUCACUUUAAAACAGCUAAGAGCCAAUACCAAGUAUGAAAUUGGAGUAACUGCGGUCACUGAGGGCGGUGAAAGUGAUUUUGAAUUUAUUAAAGCUCAUACCCCAUCAGACACACGGGCAGUAAUUCUCGCUAUAGUCCUGUCUGUGGUUAUGUUCUCAGUCACAGCCCUAAUAAUGCUCAUUAUGGGAUACUGCAAGAGAGAAUGGUUAAAGAACUUAUUUUACCCUGACAUUCCGGAUCCAAACAAGAGCAAUAUACUUUCCUUUGAUAUGUUGAAGGGCAAUGCAGAAAGAAGUGUGAUGAUACCAAGCACAUGCCGAUCUCAAAGCAUAUAUAUCGUAAAGGUUCAAGAACCGGACUUACAAGGACUGAAAAAUGAAAUCUACCACCAAACAAUGCCGCCAAGCAGUGAGCUAAACAACAAAGAAAAGAACUGUUUUAGAUGCCUAGAAGAACAGAACACACAAGAUGCCUUGAAUGACUUUGAACACGCAAGAUCAUCAAGCGAAACUCUAGAUAAAGAAUUGUAUCCACCCCAAACAACUAAUUACAUAGAGUUUUUCAACAGAAAUAAUUGUGCUACAUCAGACGAAAUGUUAGAUGCUAUAACAGAUUUAGGAUAUAAGCCACAGACAGACAUGUCACAAUUGAGUUUACAGUUAUAUCAAAAUGAAUGUUCCCCCACAAACUUGACAACUACAAAUUCAGAACCGGAUUUAAGAUGGAAGGAAAUACAUACAAAGGAAAAUUUCAGCAUGGACAUGACAGGACCGGUAUCUGGCUACUACAACAUUCGUACUGAAAGAUUAGGAACAUACAAAGCAACAUAACAAAGCAAGAGGGAUACACAGUCAUUUCACACAAGCAUUAAUAAGUAUAAAGUAUAUAGAAUAAAAAAUGUGUUAUAGCAUAGAAGCCCAAAACUUACACUGCACCUUCUUAAUGCUGAAGCAAAAUGUACCUUGGGCUUUUGGAGUAUCUUCAGGAUUGAUAUGAGAAGGAAGCAGCAGCACCUCUACCCCUUGUAUUUAUAGCAUUAAAAUCUGAUCGAAAACCGAGAGAAGCUAAAAGUUGGAAAAUAACUCAGAUUGAGCAAGAGGAAAGUUAACAGUUUAUAAAAAU